AUGAGCCAAGAACCAUCUUCCCCCGACCUGUCAAAGAAGGAGCUGGACGUCGGAGUUGCCAUGCACGACGUCCAACUCGAGCGCAAUUUCUCCUUCCUUGCGAUUCUCGGCGUGUCGUUCUCCAUUUUGAACUCCUGGACAGCCAUGUCUGCAUCCCUUCCCCUUGUCCUAGGCUCCGGGGGCUCCAUUGCCAUGGUGUGGGGCCUUCUCGUCUCGGCUCUCGGCACACUCGCGAUGGCUGUCAGCCUGGCAGAAGUGUGCCAUGUCCUUCCCUUGAGUGGCGGGCAGUAUGACUGGUCUUAUGUCCUCGCGCCAGACGGGUGGAAGGAGCGCCUCUCUUUCCUUGCCGGGUGGAACGGCGCAGCUGGCUGGGUCGCUCUCUCCGCCGCCGCGCCAGUCCUGGGUUCGGGCUUCAUCUCUGGCCUCAUCGCGCUCUGGAACCCUGACUUUGCGGUGCAGCCGUGGCAGUUCUUCCUGCUCUUCAUGGCGAUUGCUACGAUCGCUUUCGUUCUCAACGUCUUUGGUGUUCGUGCUCUCCCUACCAUCGACCGCUUCGCGGGCGUGUGGAGCAUUGUCGGCUUCGUCGUGGCCAGCAUCGUGUGCCUCGCAUGUGCAGACAGCUACCAGAAGCCCAAGGCGGUCUUCGCAACUUUCACCAAUGUCACUGGCUGGUCUGAUGGCAUGGCUUUCCUCCUUGGCCUCCUCCAGUCGACGUUUGGGUUGACGGCCUUUGAUGCGGCCAGCCACCUCGUCGAGGAGAUGCCCCGGCCGUACAUCCACGCGCCGCGUGUUAUGGUGCUCGCGAUUGUGCUCGGUGCCGCGACCAGUUGGAUCUUCAUGAUCGUAGUUCUCUUCUCGCUCCAGGACUUCGAUGCCGUGCUCAGCGCCGCAACUGGGCCGCUCCUCCAGAUCUACUACCAGGCCACAAGUAGCCGUGUGGGGGCGACCUGCCUCAUGAUGUUCAACCUUGUCGCCAUGGUGCUGGCCGGACAGGGAAUCCUGACUGUCUCGUCCCGUCUCGUGCUCACGUUCGCGCGGGACAGAGGCCUCGGCCCAGCGUCGCUCAUCGCCGGCGUCCACCCCCGAUUCAAGGCGCCUGUGUGGUGCAUCGUCUUCAUCACUGUCUGGGUGACAGCGUUUGGGCUGAUCAACCUUGGCAACAGCGUGACCACCAACGCGAUCCUCUCCUCUUCGGUUGUCUUCUUGCAGAUCAGCUACUUCAUCCCCAUCGCGAUCGUGUUCGUGCGCGGGGCAUCAGCGUUUGGCGAGCACACCGAGCACGCAAAGUGGUCGCUUGGUCGUUGGCGCCGCCUCAUCAACGGUGUUGCGCUUGCCUUCUGCACGGUCACUUCCGUGACGUUCUGCUUCCCUCCAGCCAUUCCCGUUCUCAGCGGGACGACGAUGAACUGGGUUGUCGUCGUUGUCGCGCUUGUGUGGCUCGUCGCGGGUAUCACAUGGGUCAUCGACGGGCGGAGGCGAUUCCGCGGGCCGACGGCGCUCGAGGAGCGGCUGGAGAUUGCAAGGGCGGCUUAG